AUGGAGGUAGUAGCAGCGGCCCCUGGCGGGGCACCUUUUCAUGAUCACGACGUUCGCGAAUGGUCAAGAAUCGAUUCGAUCACUGGUGCCCUCGAACGAGCAAGAUUAGAAACCGAUCAUUGGUCAGCUAAUACGAUCAAUUCUUCUCAUAAAUACGGCAAGGUAGUGGACUCGAGAGCUCGAACUGACGCAGACGGUGCUCUCCACCAGAGCGCCAGACGACAAUUGGAAGUCUUCUCCAGCGAAAUACCUGGGGGACGACUGCAAGUUAUCAAAACGCAUUCGGUUUCUACGAGUAAGUGGAGUUCGUCGGGCACUAGCAAGGAUUUUGAAAAUUUGCAGCUCUCUAUUAAUCCAUUGGAUCUAUCGUCACAAAAAUCAAAAGCUUCAGUUGGUAGAACUGCAAUCAGACGACCUCCAACACGCCAACGAACGAAGGAACCUCUUCAACCGUCGUCAGAUCUCACAGACCAUUUACGCAACGCCCACAUCACCGCAGCAACUAAUCUUCAUCGAGUUUCACGACUGUGUCAUCAAAUACAUGAAUCAGCGGUAAGACAAGCAUUUGGGAGAAGAUCACCUCGGCCUACGAUAUCUGAUCGAGAAAGUGGAGAUGGUGGUGUCGAAAUAUACGAAAUAGAAAGUGUAUCGAGUGAAAACAAUAACAGUAAUAACAUUAAUAGUAACACCGUGAAUGGACAUACUAAUCUUGUACGAACAAAAAGCAGCAGUAGUGAUGAUAUAAGUUUAAUACCAGAAAAAGAUACAAAUGGGAAUAAGAGUAUCGAAGAUUUAGAAGAUCUAGAGCAACUUCAAACUUGGAGGAGAACAUCCAAAAUAAGAAGAUCUCUACAAUUUCCAAAGCAAGCUUCAAAACCAUCUAGUCCUAAACCUGUAGAUCUGCCAGAAAGUUUAGGCAACGUAAGAAAGAUUCGAGAAGAGUUGGAAAAAGGAAGAAGACUGAAUACAGCCUUAAGAAAUAACAGCGUAGAUUUAGAUGCUUUAGAUCAAAUUUUGCAGUCGAUUUCGAGCUCCAGUAGUGAUAAAGCAAGUGAAGAUCAAGACUCGGAGUUAUCUAAGAAACAAAAAAGGAAUUCGUUUGUUACUGUUGAGUCUAUACAAGAAAUCAAAGGAAGGUUAAGGAAAACUAGUUCACCAACUAAUGACAUUUAUAAGGUUAAUGGUAAAGACGAUGAUCCUGAUGACGGUAUAGUAACAGAAGAAACAUCUCGCAUAAAAGAAAACGAAAUGCCUUUAGUCGAAAAUUCCCGAGUGCGUUCGUACGUAUACGGGAUGGAAGCCUUACUUAACAAAAAGCCCGGUAUAGGUACUGGCAGUCUGGAGUCCCGAGUAAAACUAAUACCUACUAACAAAAACGAAGACUGGUACAAUCGAAGAAAAUCGUACGGAUUUGAAAAAGUCCACAACCACAACGACUCACAAAGCUCAAUUUCAUUGAAGAACAAAAAUUUUGUAGAGAGUUCCACGGAUAGUGGGAUUUGUAGAUCUACAGAAAUUGUUGUUCCCGUUAAGAAAAACGGUUUUAAAGAAAAUGAAUAUAGUUCAGAUGAACAAAACGAUUUUGAACAGAAGUAUAACGAAUAUGAUAACAGCAGUAAACAUCAACUUGGACAGGUUAAGAGAAUAGCAAGUUCAUUUAACCAAGAAGACUCUUCACCAACGAACAAAAACGAAAACUGGAAGAAAAACCUUUUCGACUGGCCAAACUCAUCGACUGAAUUGAAAUCUACUACAAUAACGAUCCCAAUUUCCAAAAACAACAAUAUAGUGGAUUUGUCGUGGAACGAUACGGAUAGAGAACAGCUCAAGGACAUCAAACGCCAUUCUAUUGCUGUCGAUGAAUCCAAAUAUGUAACAAAAAAUAACAAUAAUAAUAGCUUUCGACGUAUUAGUUUAGCGUUAAACGACCAGGUUAGGCCAGAUGAUGACGAAAAUAAUAUGCGGAAAACGAAAAAAGUUGAAUUUUGCAAGACAGAAGUGCAUUUCGCUGCUGAGUCUGGAAAAGUAAAUAUAGUAGCCACUGAUGAAAAGCCACCGCCUACUCAGAACUUUAGGAGACGGCGUAGGAAUUCAGGACCUACUAUGGAUGAUUUUAACAAAAAUGGAUUGCCAUUGCUACAUUUCGGAGAUACUACAUUCGAAAAGCCACUUUUUUCCAACUCAGAAGAUUCCCCGACAGAUUCGAUGUAUGAAAACCUACAAGCUCGAAUUCCCACGAACUACGGACUUGUGACAGUUAACUCAAAUAACGCCAUAACCAACGAAAUAUCUGAAGAAGACAAAAAAGAAUUAACCGAUAGUGAAAUAAAAGGGAUAUUGAAAAAUAAACCCAGUAAGCCGAAGCCUUAUCAUCUUGGAGAGACAGUUCCGUUUGGAGAGAAUAUGUCUGAUGAGGACAGCAAAUGGGGAGUUAGAUUGAGACACAUAGAAAAACCCGAAGUUCCUAUAUGGAAGUCAACUGUGACUGUGCAUAAUUAUAAUUUUGUUAAUCAAGAAAAAGAAAACGAACCUGAAUUUCAAAAACUCCUGAAAAACCUACGACCGACUCGAAAAACUGAUUACACGAGUGACAGCGAGACGAAAUAUUUCGACGGGCUCAAUAUUACUAACAUCAAUAACAGUAUUAAUGGUAGAGCUCCUUCUUGGCCCACUCCUGAAAAAAUCGAACCUUCAAAAGAAGUGAAAGGGAUGGAAAUUAAGGGGUAUUCUACCAAGAUUUGUUUAAGGGAAGGAGAGGCGAUGGUGGUCGAGAGCGACGGGUACGAAAGAGAAAAGCCAUCCAUUAGACCUCGCAUAGAGAAUUUGAGGAAAGAUUCGUUAGAGCGACUAAGACAACCAGAAGUUCUUCCACAAACGACUAAAACACAAGAAAUUGCCAGAAAACAGCAUAGUACAGUAAAUAUAAUAAGGUCACAUCUUUCGCCAAAUCCAGUAAGAAGAACACCUAUUAGUAGGCCAGACCUCAGGCCAAGUGAGCAACUUUCUAGUCCUUCCAUAGUAAAUAAAAACAAAAGUAUAGAAGUAACAAAAGUCACAGAAAAAAAGUCGGUAGAAAAUUCCAGUUCAAGUCUAGAAAAUAGAAAAGUGUAUCCUAAACCUGCAGAUGGAAUAGUGCUCAGAACGCCGAAAAAGUCUGAAAUGACAUACUUCGGAGUUAACAUUUCUCCCAAACCUGUGAAGAAAGUUUCCCAAGCUGUGAUACGAAAAGAAAACAGGUUAUUAGAAAAACCAGAUCUCAUUCAGCAUCAUAAAAAGUCUCCUUCUCCAAUUAGGAAACCAUAUAAAUCGCCUUCGCCUAUCAGAAAGGUUCCGAAAUCACCUUCUCCUGUCAGAAGAAACCAAAAAUCUCCAUCACCAACGCGGAAUGGACGAAAGAGCCCUACGAAGAAUUUGUCAGAACCAAUUUAUGAAAAUAUUAAGAACAAAUAUGGCAGAGAGUUUGAUAGUAGUAUUCUGGAAGAAUUAACAAAAGCUGCUGAUCAAAUAUUACAGGCUGUAAAUGGAUAUACAGAUGAAGAAGUACAUAACAGGUUAUCCUCAGAAGACGAAGAUAACUCACAUAAGAAUAGAUUGGAAACAAUUCUAGAAACUAAAUCUAUGCAUCAAAAAUCAUCAACAACGCGACAAAAGUUAUCAAAUGUCAAAACGAAAUUAAACCCUACAUCACCAACUUCCUCCAUAGAAAGUCUUAAUAGGAAAAAAGGAACACCUGAACCCAAGACAAAACCUUGUUACGAGAAACAUAGAAGAAGGACUGAGCGAGUAGAGAAGACCGAGAAAAUUGAGAAAAUUGAACAGAACACUACAAAGGCUGCUAAUACUAAAGCUAGGAGGCUCCAAAGAGCAAGUAGUAGAGAAGCGCUUCUCAGAUCAAAUGGAUCAUCCUCCGAAGAUUUACCGACAAAACUUGAACCCCCAAGAAAACCUAGGUUGAUAAAGAAAACAAAAACAAUGCAAUUAAGUAUAAGUAAUGGUAUAGAAAUGAAAAAACAUCCAAACACCAAUGUUGGUAGGCGGAAAGAAGACAGCGGUGUUAAAAAUGGAGAGGAAAGAAUAUUAAACAGCUUGCCAGAAAUUCGACAUAAAACAGCUAUAUCUACCAUUAGAAGUACAUCAGAAAAAACCGCUAGGGAUAGGUUAAAGCAUAAAACAGAAGACGUAAAAAGAAAAACACAACAGAAAAAAGAAACGGUCAAAAGUGUAACACCUUCAUCUAGAUCCGAACGAGAAAAGUCUAGUAAACAAUCGCCAUCCCUACACAAGGAGACAGUAACUCACCGAAUAUCGACAGCGUAUGUACCAGUUUGUAGAAAUAGAAGUCGAAAUAUGCAUGCCAGGCAGCAAGACACAGAUUGCCCCUGCUUAUGUUCAUGA